UAUAUAUAUAUAUAUAUAUUUAUCCAUCCUUCUUUGAAAUAAUUUAAUCAUAAAUUGAUUCGAUUCGAUUUUAAAUUAAUAAUUUUCUUUUUAUUAGGUUUUCGUCUAUCAGAUCAAUUUUAUGACUUAGUUAUAAGAAAAUUUGAUCGAACUGGUCGUGGUACAGUAGCAUUUGAUGAUUUUAUUCAAUCAUGUGUUUCAAUUCAAACAUUAACUAAUGCUUUUCGACAUUUUGAUCGUUAUCAAAGUGGACAAAUAACUAUUGGUUAUGAAGACUUUUUAACACUUGUUUUUUCGCUUAAAAUGAGACUCAAUCCACGUUCAUGA